GGGGAAGAUCGAUGGUGGGGGUGGUACCUAAAUACAAAACUGAAUGAAACAAAAAGUGGUGGCGCUUAUUCAUUCGAACCCUCACAGUCACUCAAACAAUACUAAAUCAAUUUGUUAGUUGCCUUUACUAAUUCUCUUGCGUUGGUCUUUCCUUUGACCGUCAUUAGGUCGCUACGGCCAGCCAGAGGCCUUCAAGUUGGGGGAUGUUUCAACUCGCGCCUAUUCGAUGGCGCUGCUCGAUAUGGUUGGGUGCUAACUCGGUUUCGACUUCAGUAGCCUGUUCCCAGACCCGGCCAUACAAGAACCAAAAUAACUUUAGGAAACACUUGGAUAUACACCUAGGUUACAUAGGUAGGUUGAAACACGAUUAUAUUUACUACAAAGAGCUGGUGGCCACCGUAGUAUAAAAUCCCAAAUAUGCCCUUGAUGGCAUGAGUUGCCUGCCUAGGUACUAAGUAGGCGGUCUUCCCACACACCUACGCAAAUACAUACAAUAAAAUGUAUUCCAUACAAUCAAAGAACUACCCCUUCUACAAACGCAUCGAACAACAACACAAUGCGGCAUUUAACCCUCAUCCUCACCACCGUCCUCCUCUUCCUCAUCACCACCACUCCCGCCGCCCCCCUUUCCCCAAACGACAUAUGCAACCCCCUCCGCAACGCCCUCCUCACCUUCCAGGGCGCAAUCACCACAGGCACCUACAGCAUCUGCGUGCCCGUCGACGCGCAAGUAUACGCCUUGGGAGGCUCCGCGAGCAUAGCUCAGAUCGUCUCGUACGCCGCAGACGGCGUGUACUGUGCUGCAGCCGGUGUGGAUCGCAGCUUCACGGUCGUUAACAGCCGCGAGAAGACCGCCGUGGUGAGGCCGCCGCAGCCGCAGGUUAGGGUAGCUUGUGUUGCGGACAAUUCUACGCUGCCGCUGUCGAUGCAGGACCGGUAUAGGAUGAGGCAAUUCGUCCUCUCUUGAAUGGAGGGGGCUGCGGGGGGGUCUUUGCUCGGGUUUAUCUAAGAGAGGCGUUAGGAUUGGGGGAUACGGGUGCCGACAUCGAAAUAUUGGACUACUUUUCUAGACACCUAUGUAGGUACUAGGCCUUUAAGGGCCACGACACGCUGUCUGGGUAGUCGGGUAUCUCGGGGACACCCGUACAAAUAUCUAGGGUGUGAAUUAUCCCAUGAUUACAAAAUCUAGGCAACAUUCAAUAUAAAGCCUCGAAUUCACCUUAUACUUGGUUGUAGAUCUAGUAAGAUCAAACAAAGUGACUUUAGGACAGCUAUCUGUAUCGGGAUGUAACUGGCAAUUGGUCUAUCAUGGCAAUUUCUAGGUACAACUUAUUAGCGACACCAGAGCACAUAAC